ACCUGCUGACAUGAGGUUUUUCCUCCAGUAUGUGGGCUGUUUCUUUGCUUUUUUCUCUACUGGGUUUUUGAUAGCAUCUACCUGGACAGACUGCUGGAUGGUGAAUGCUGAUGAUUCCCUGGAGGUGAGUACAAAAUGCCGUGGCCUGUGGUGGGAAUGUGUGACAAACGUUUUUGACGGGAUCCAAACUUGCGAUGAGUAUGACUCCAUCUUCGCCGAACACCCUGUGAAGCUGGUGCUGACCCGAGCCAUGAUGAUCACAGCAGAUAUCCUGGCAGGAUUUGGAUUUCUCUUUCUUGUCCUGGGACUGGACUGUGUGAAAUUCCUUCCCGAUGCGCCGCUCAUCAAGCUCCGCAUCUGCCUGGUGUCUGGAAUUACGUUGCUCAUUGCAGGUCUCCCAGGCAUUACCGGCUCGGUGUGGUACGCCGUUGAUGUCUACGUGGAGCGGUCCUCUCUGGUCUUCCACAACGUGUUCCUCGGCAUCCAGUACAAGUUUGGCUGGUCGUGCUGGCUUGGCAUGGCGGGGUCACUCGGCUGUUUCUUAUCCGGGGCCCUGCUCACCUGCUGCAUGUAUCUCUUCAGAGAGACCGGCUCUGGAAGACUCCACUCUGCUUACUCCUUGAGGAAAGGCUAUUCCUCAGCUGGGACAAUCGUAACAAACGUGCAUUUGCCAUCCUCUCAAACAGCUACUGCCAAAAUGUAUGCAGUGGACACAAGAGUGUGAGGAUGAGGUGAGUGCUCCAGAAAGAGCGCUACUUCUAUUUGUAGUGGAUUGCACGAAGACCCAAGUUCCUGUGGUUGUGAUACAGAUGCAAAGUUAAAUUUCAAGGAUGUACUGUAUGCUACAAUGUUUGCACUAUGAGAGCUUAACCCUCCGCCCUUCCUACAAGAAAGUAAUCUCUGAGGAGAUCUUGCUUUAGGGAUUCCUGUUGUCUUGAGUGCUGAGGCCGCUUGCAGAAGCACCAACUGAAAUAACCAACGCAAACUCUUUCAGCAUUUAGCUCAACACUAUCGGCACAAGUGAGUUAAAUCAGCCACUCCUGGAUCAGACCCCAGUGUUCAACAUGAAGACCCCCAAACUGUAAGAUGCCCUGUCUGGCAAUGUGUUGACAGAACAUACAAAGCAGAAAAUACAGGAGAAGAGAGGGACUGAUCUUCUGGCCAACACCUGGAUCCUGUGCACCCAGCAUGGGGGUCUGCUGCUCUUAAAGGCAGCUGGCGAGUUCAGCAGAAGAUAGAGAGCUGUGUUAAAUGCCUAGCCCUCUCUUUGGCCCGUGAACCUCUGCACUGAGGAAACACCGCAAAUUCAGGUGCAUUCUUCCCUGCAAAAUACAUUCCUUCUCAGUAAGUGUUAAAAUGCACAUUACAGAUGCUCUAGACUCACUGAGAUCUGGAAAUUGCGAGCUUCUUUCUGCUUAGUAAAAAUUUUGCCUGGUCAAAGACAAAGUGAGUGAAGAUCCAAGAUCUGACCCUGUGCAUGACAAUACAUCUAUACCAGCUAGAAACUAGGAUAAAUGAUAGUAAAAUCUAUUGUUCCUUUCUAUCAAAAGAUAUUUAAAUCCAGUUCAGGACUGCUAUACCCUGCUGCAAUCCAAGCUGCCAUAGGCUGGGUGAGACUAGAGCACCAGCCAUGUCUUCACUAGGGUGGGUGAAAAAAACCCCAGUGUGGUUUAACAUGUACCCUAAGAAUGGAUGCGAAACUUCUUCCAUGCCUUUCAAGGAAAGAAAAGCUGAGACAUAGUUUUCUUAGGGUUGGUAGGAACUGCCCAAAUCCAGUCCUUUCUACCAUGGGCACCACAUCAUACUGUCAUGGGCACCAGGGAGUGAGAAAAUGCUCUCGGCACAGAGAUAUACCUGCUCAGGAGGAGCGGAGAAACAACAGCGGAGUCUCAGGAGGGUGUGCACACCCGUCGGUACUGAGGCCCCACCAGAGGUAGGCUUCCUCCAGUGACCGCUUGGUGGGGGGACUGGAUGGAGAAACUCCCUUCCUACCCCCAGGCAAUAUGAAGUGAAACCUUAUGGUAUGAGGACCAGAGGGAGACGGGAUGGCUGUGGAUGGAGUGGACUGCGUCCCAGAGGGUACCUCUGAUAGCCCCUGCAAUGGAGGAUGAGGGGCCGAGUCCUCUCAUGGAUUGUCCUAGAAGCAGCAUCUUGGGCUGCAGCACAGAACUGACCAGCAGUGGUAAAAACAUAACCCAGUCCUGACAUGGCUCCUAAUCAAGUAACACUCAGGCCCUGGGACAGACGGGACAACAGCAGGUCCAUAUGGCUUUGCUACGGGCUCAAGCACCUCCACAAGGCUCAGACCAUAACACAACCAUCUCAGCAAGAGCCCUUGCGGCAGCACUGCUGCCCAGGCAAGGGAGGCUUUGUGCCUGCAGAGUUCAUGCUGCUUUCGUUGGCAGACAUUUAUAUUAGCCAAACUGAAAGCAACUUAUUGCCAACAGAUGAGCUGUAUUGAACAGAUGUAAACACAGUAGGAGAAGUGAUGGAGGCUUUUUUACAAAGUCCUGGGACAUGAGGAGUACAAGAGUUAUAAGCGACGUGAUGAAUUCACGGAUUACACCAAGAAUGCAUAAAGAGAUCUGGAGGCGAUAGGAAUUUCUGCCUGUUAUUGCAGGAAGCUGCAUCCAGAGCUUUUUUAAAAUUUUUUUUAACUUUUUCACAGUCACGUCAGAAACAUGUAUUUGCUGUGGGGCUUUUGGGGCAGAAGACCUGGAGCUGGUAUGCCAUGCUGGGGGAAGGAAGCUCGGGGGAUGUUUGUGGGUCUGGUUUCUGGGCUGUGCCUCUGCUCCCCUGCUCCUUCAGGGAUACACCUGGAAGGAGAGGAAGGGCAAACCCGCUGCAGAGGCAGAUCUGUGCAUCCCUGCUCCUCUCCAGGGAGGCCAAGGCUGCCUCAGCCUCCCCACAGGAGGAGAGAUGCCCUGACACCGCGGGCUGCCCCAGCCUGACUCACCCAGCGCAGAGACGCUCCUCGGGAGGAGGUGCUGAGCAGACAUCAUCACUUGGACCAAGAUCCCGAAUCAAAUCCUUCCCGGACAAUGCAGCCAGCACAUUAGCCCUCACCACUAACACUCAGGGGCAACCACCAGCCUCUUGUUGCUGUUUUCUGUAGCUUUUUCUGAGGCAUGAAGAUUAUCUCUUGCUGGAAGAUUUAUUUCUUUUUUAGCAGAGGAGAAAUAGUCUGGGAUUGCCUGCUAGCCAGGUGUAAUUGCAGAUCUCAGACCACUGAUUUCUCCUGUUCUUUUUCUCCUGUAAACUGCAGUUGAGGACACUUCUGGGCCUUUGUCCUAAUGGUCUUCAGCUUGUUUUAAGGUGCUGGCAGGUGUUUUGUGACUUGCAACGCGUGGGUCACACCAAGCAGCAACUCACCAGACACUUCGGGAUUAAACAUGUAUGCCCUGGUCAGGGGUGAAUAUAGAAGAUUGGGCUCAUUAGUCCCUCCAGCCCUGUGCUCCUCCUGGGAGUACACAAAUAAGGCACAUGCAUACCCCAAAUACUACCUUAACUCAGGGUGCACCAUCCUUAAAUAUACAUGUAUACAAAGAAUGUUGCAUAAACAUUUGUGAGCCUUUCUCUUCUUCAGUAUCUAUGUAGAAUAAGGGUUAAUUCUUUAACCAUGCUUCUGUUCUAGUCACACGCUAUGAUACCUUCUGAGGAUCUAUCUCCUGUGCAAGAGGACUAGGAAAAGGUCACAGCAACCCUUAGGUUUGCUGGGUUAAUGUUGUGUAACAGUCAGUCCAAUGCUGCAUUGCUUCAUUAUUCAAAUCCUGCUGACAGUCUAUCUGAUGUUUUGAUCACUUGUUAAUAUUUAAUUGUUAAUUCACUGUUUGAUUUAAUUCUGACUCUGAUUUCAUGACUGCAAUAUUCACUCCUCAUUAGCUCAUUACCAUGCCACAAUGCAGAUCUAUUUUGGUUGUUUAUUCAUUAGCAAGAAACCUCCCAGAAAGCACACAGGAUUUUUUUUCUUUCAAAAUCGCAACCAGUCCCUAAGGCUAAAGACGUUGCAGGUGAGCUCAGAUAUUAAGAUAUUUCCUUAAUACCUACCUACAUCCCAUUCAGCAGCAGCCUGCUAGGAAUGACAAUAGACUGACUUUGCCUUCCUGAUGGCCACUGAUGAUUUACCAAGGCUCUUUGCUCAAUUGCAAUUUCCAGCUGAGGCCCAACAUGUAAUCCUUCAGUGCCAACCGCCUUUUAGGUUUCUCCAGAUUUUCACUAACUUCCAAGGAGUAUUUUUGUAUGUUUGGGCAUCUCAGUCCUGUUGCUUCAUUUCCCAGGGUAUAGGCAGAGUCAGGGACUUAGCUGAGAGCUGAGAUUCUUGGGUUUCCUCCCUGCUGUACCCACCCUGUGGUGUCUCCUUGAACCUGGGGCUCCCCAUCGCCCUCUCCACUGGCAGCAUACAGCUCAGUGCAGUCUGCCAGGCCUCUGGCUUGUUGCAGGUUAUGGAAAAUUGCAAAAUCUUGUAGGUAAGCUCUUUGCUAAGUUGAUUUCAUGCCUUACAGAUAGGUAUUGAUUUCCCAUUUUGAUACACACAAGUGAGAGAGAGAAUAAAACAAUGACAUCUGCAAUGGCUGUCCUUUUCUGCAUGCAAUAUUUUGUGCUCUCACUACCUCGAUCAGCUGUGUUCAUAAGGACUCUUAAUAACUCCGGCUGUAAUUAGGACCCACUGUUACAGUGACCUUGUCAACUAGACUAUCUCCUACUGCAGCUGCAUGAAUAUUUCCCAAAAUAUGGAUUUCUUGCCUUUUCACACACACUGUAAUGUGAUUUUGGUGUGAAUUCAGUAGAUCUGAACAACUAUUUUCAGUAGAUAAGAAUGUUAUUUCAGAAUUCUGUUUUCCUUACAUAUUGUAACAUCAGUGAGAUAUAAUAAAUGCAGUUGCCUUUGA